AUGUAUAGGCCAUCUACGAGGAAUGAAUGGCUUUUCUGUGGACCGCUAUUCGCCCAGGCCCUAAUCAUCACUGCUUUGCAGAUCUAUAUCCUCGUCGAAUGGCAGACAUGGGUGUACCCUAACAUCAUCCAAGUCCAGGUCGGGUAUAUUGUUCCCAUCAAUCUGGUCAUCUUCGUCUUUACUUGCUUCUAUAUGAUGGUAUUGGCCCUUGACGCGGUGCACCACAAGAACAACUUGCUCCUCUUCGCCAUCUGCGCGAGUAAUGUCUGCAUCGUGGUGCUUUCAGGGAUGCAGCCCCAUUCAAUGAGAGACGCCGUUCGGGACCUGCCCACUGCCCGUGAUGCCCAUUUGGAGCACUUGGUGAAUGUGAACUUCGAUUUUCUGGGCCGAGUCGAUCCGGCUUUGAUAGCGUGUCCGGUCGUUUUUGCGAUUUGUACCGUCUUGAUUUGGCCCUCUGCCUAUAGGCUUCACAAAGAUUAUGCCUGGGCAAUUUAUCGGACUAUUCAUGGUGACACGAGCAUUAAGAUUCGUUUUAUCGCAUACGAAGUCUAUCUGGUCCUGAUAAAGCUCGACUUCUACUUCAUCACCGUCUUCAUCAUUCAAUAUGACUUGAUCGAUGUCCACUUCAGGCAGCCGGAGUUUGCUCUCACGUUAGCCAUUCUCCCCGCGAUGCUCAUCAUGAUGGCCCUCGCGAUCUGGUUCGUCCGAAAGGAGUGGACGAUGGCCAUGAUUCUGAUUAUUCUCACCCACGGAGCACUUGCGGCCUAUCUGGUCAGUCGCAUCGUUGUACUCAACGGCCACGGUAUCCUUGGCAAUACCGCGGACAAGGACAUGAUGCUAUUGUUCGCAUACAUCUCCUUGGUUCUCAUGAUCGGCACAAUGGUGUGUGCAUCGGUCUGCACAUUCAAUUUCAAUCAUGGCCUGAAAAGUCUAUUCGCCGAGUCGAGCCCUAGUCAUGAUGAAGUGGACUUUGAGGCCCUGCCUCGCCGAUAUGAACAAAUGCCCUCGCCGUACGACAGACUGUCCUUUGGGAAAAACGGCAGGGAUGAGUGGUGA